GGCACAGGAAGCGCUGGGAGGCCCGAGCCGUCCCAGGGUGCCCCGCGCGGCGUGGACUCGGGCCGCUGCCGCCAUCCCGCUGGCGAGAGGGAGAGAGAGGCCCGCCCGCUCGCCGGUCGGGCCAGUGUGGGCCAGUGCGUGAGGGCGCGGGGGGCCGUGUCAGCGAGACGCAGAGCGCAGCCGCCACCGCCAAACGGACAUGUUGGAGCCCAGCGCCGCCGCCGCCUCUUUUCCCUCAUCCUCCGCACGGGACUGAGAGGGGGCCCGCCAGCCCUCCGCCUCUGCCUCUGCCUCGGCCGCAGCCUCUUCCUGCCCGGCCUCGGGCUCCGCCGCGCGUCGCCUCCCCCCGCCCCUCAGGCCCGGCCGGUUCCCCGGCCCCGCUCCGCCGCGGCGCGAGGUCUAUGUGAGCGGCGGGCCCGGGGCAGCCGCCGCCGCAGCGCGAACAUGGACGCCGUCAACGCCUUCAACCAGGAGCUCUUUUCACUUAUGGAUAUGAAACCUCCUAUCUCUCGAGCCAAGAUGAUCCUCAUCACAAAAGCUGCUAUUAAAGCUAUUAAGCUUUAUAAGCAUGUCGUUCAAAUAGUAGAAAAGUUCAUCAAAAAGUGUAAACCUGAAUACAAGGUUCCAGGAUUAUAUGUAAUCGACUCAAUUGUGCGACAGUCUCGGCAUCAGUUUGGAACUGAUAAAGAUGUUUUUGGGCCAAGAUUCUCUAAAAACAUAACCGCUACAUUCCAAUAUUUAUAUCUUUGUCCAUCUGAAGAUAAGAGUAAAAUAGUCCGUGUGCUGAACCUUUGGCAAAAAAAUGGAGUAUUCAAGAUUGAAAUUAUUCAACCUCUUUUGGACAUGGCAGCAGGAACCAGUAAUGCCGCCCCAGUAGCAGAAAAUGUUACUAAUAAUGAAGGUUCACCUCCACCUCCAGUUAAGGUUUCUUCUGAACCCCCACAAGCCACUACAAACUCCGUACCAACUGUACCACAGUUGCCCAGCUCGGAUGCUUUUGCUGCUGUAGCCCAGCUGUUUCAGACGACACAAGGUCAACAGCUUCAGCAGAUCCUUCAGACUUUUCAGCAGCCUCCAAAACCACAGUCUCCUGCCAUUGACAAUGCUGUGAUGGCUCAGGUUCAGGCUCUCACAGCUCAGUUAAAGACAGCUCCUACACAACCACCUGAACAAAAAGCUGCUUUCCCCCCGCCUGAACAGAAAACCGCAUUUGACAAGAAGCUACUUGAUAGAUUUGAUUAUGAUGAUGAGCCAGAAGCUGUGGAAGAAUCAAAGAAAGAAGAUGCUGCUGCUGCCGCUGCCACCACAGCACCUGCUGCUGCUGUUGCUCCGCCUGCGCCCACUGCUGCCGCGCCCGCUGCUGCCACGCCUGCUGCUUCUCCUCCACAGGCACCCUUUGGGUUUCCUGGAGAUGGCAUGCAGCAGCCAGCAUAUACCCAGCAUCAAAAUAUGGAUCAGUUUCAACCUCGAAUGGUGGCAAUCCAGCAGGAUCCAGUGCACCAUCAGGUUCCGCUUCCUCCUAAUGGACAGAUGCCAGGAUUUGGCCUUCUUCCUACACCUCCAUUUCCUCCCAUGGCUCAGUCUGUGAUUCCUCCAACUCCCCCCGUGCAGCAGCCUUUCCAAGCUUCUUUUCAGGCACAGAGUGAACCACUUACACAGAAGGCACAUCAGGAAAUGGAAGUGGAACAACCUUGUAUUCAGGAGGUUAAGCGGCAUAUGUCUGAUAACAGAAAGUCAAGAUCUAGGUCAGCAUCCAGGUCACCAAAAAGGAGACGAUCUCGAUCUGGUUCUAGAUCUCGAAGGUCUCGUCAUCGACGUUCUCGAUCCCGGUCAAGAGAUCGACGUCGACAUUCUCCUAGAUCUCGUUCCCAGGAAAGACGAGAUCGAGAAAAAGAAAGAGAACGCCGACAAAAAGGCCUUCCUCAGAUCAAACCAGAAACUGCAAGUGUUUGUAGUACUACACUCUGGGUGGGACAACUGGACAAAAGGACUACUCAGCAGGACGUUGCCAGUCUCUUAGAAGAGUUUGGUCCAAUUGAAUCAAUUAAUAUGAUUCCUCCCAGAGGCUGUGCCUAUAUUGUUAUGGUUCAUAGGCAAGACGCUUAUCGUGCCCUGCAGAAACUGAGCCGAGGAAACUAUAAAGUGAACCAGAAAUCCAUAAAGAUUGCCUGGGCCUUAAACAAAGGAAUAAAGGCAGAUUAUAAGCAGUAUUGGGAUGUAGAACUUGGUGUUACUUAUAUUCCAUGGGACAAAGUUAAGCCUGAAGAACUGGAGAGUUUUUGUGAAGGAGGAAUGUUGGACAGUGAUACACUUAAUCCAGAUUGGAAAGGAAUUCCCAAGAAACAUGAAAAUGAAGUUGCUCAAAAUGGAGGGGCAGAAACCUCACACACAGAACCCGUGUCGCCCAUACCUAAACCGUUACCUGUGCCUGUCCCUCCUAUCCCUGUUCCAGCGCCUAUAACAGUGCCACCUCCACAGGUCCCACCACACCAGCCAGGUCCUCCUGUCGUUGGUGCUCUCCAGCCACCUGCUUUCACACCUCCUUUGGGAAUUCCCCCUCCGGGCUUUGGUCCCGGUGUUCCUCCUCCGCCGCCGCCUCCACCAUUUUUGCGCCCAGGAUUCAACCCAAUGCAUUUACCACCAGGUUUUCUUCCUCCUGGACCCCCACCUCCUAUAACUCCACCAGUGUCCAUUCCUCCUCCUCACACUCCACCAAUAAGCAUCCCAAACUCUACUAUCGCUGGUAUAAAUGAAGACACUACAAAAGACUUAUCUAUUGGAAAUCCCAUUCCAACAGUGGUGUCUGGGGCUAGAGGAAAUGCCGAGUCUGGUGACAGUGUGAAAAUGUAUGGCUCUGCUGUGCCACCUGCUGCACCCACGAAUCUGCCCACCCCUCCUGUAACCCAGCCUGUUUCACUUCUUGGUACUCAAGGAGUUGCACCUGGUCCUGUAAUUGGGCUCCAGGCACCAUCCACUGGUCUUCUUGGUGCCCGCCCUGGCCUGAUCCCACUCCAGCGCCCACCAGGAAUGCCUCCGCCUCAUUUACAGAGAUUUCCUUUGAUGCCACCUCGUCCCAUGCCACCACAUAUGAUGCAUAGAGGUCCACCACCAGGACCAGGGGGCUUUGGAAUGCCUCCACCUCAUGGAAUGAAAGGUCCCUUUCCACCACAUGGCCCCUUUGUUAGGCCUGGUGGAAUGCCAGGGCUUGGGGGCCCAGGGCCAGGCCCAGGGGGUCCUGAAGACAGAGAUGGAAGGCAGCAGCAGCCACAGCAGCAGCAGCAGCAGCCGCAGCAGCAGCCACCACCACAGCCACAACCGCAGCAGCCGCCACCAGCUCAGCAACCACCACCAACUCAACAGCAACCACAACCAUUUAGAAAUGAUAACAGGCAGCAGUUCAAUUCAGGUAGAGACCAAGAAAGGUUUGGAAGAAGAUCUUUCGGAAAUAGGGUGGAAAAUGACCGGGAACGGUAUGGGAACCGUAAUGAGGAUAGAGAUAAUAGUAAUCGUGAAAGGAGAGAGUGGGGAAGAAGGAGCCCUGACCGGGACAGGCACAGAGACUUGGAAGAGAGAAAUAGACGCUCUAGUGGGCAUCGAGACAGAGAGAGAGAUUCUAGAGAUAGAGAGUCUCGUAGAGAGAAGGAAGAAAACCGAGGAAAGGAAAAGCCUGAGGUGACAGACAGGGCAGGUGGUAACAAAACCGCUGAACCUCCCGUUAGCCAAGUGGGAAACGUAGACACUGUUUCAGAACUUGAUAAGGGGGAGUCUGAGUCUGCAGUUGUAAAACCUUCUGAAGAGUUACCUGCUGAGGCUACCUCAUCCGUUGAACCCGAGAAGGAUUCUGGCUCAGCAGCAGAGGCUCCUCGUUAGAGACUGGAAUUUGUCAAAAUGUGACAGUGACACUUCCUGGAGUGUAGAGCUUGAGGUGUACAGAUGCUGUAUUAUAUUUGCUCCUGCUAUAUCACAGCCCCACAGUAGUUGGUGGGGAAUUGUAAGCAAUUUGAUUGCUUCCCUUCUAUUUAAAAAUAGCCACAAAAUAACAAAAAAUACUGAAAAUAUGAAUAAAUAUUACCCUUUUUGCUGUAACUUUUUAAAAGUUUUGACUUUAAAAAGUUUACAAAUCGUAAUUAGAAGUGCUCUCUAUUUUUUUUUUUUUUUAAUUUAAGACAAGGUAACGGUGAAAGCUCCUCAAAAACAAUAGGGAUGUUUUUAAUAAACUCUAUUUUCGUAACAAACUUUAAUGUGUGCUAUUCUUCCUACACUGCAUUAAGGUGGAAAAGGAUUGUUCACCAUCAAAGUUUGAGCUGUUAAUA